UUGUCUUAUCGGCGAAUUUCGUGGGAUUGUCGCAGAUUUGCGUGGAUUCACACUCAUGCUCAAUGAUCCCAGUGAAUUCACAUCUCAUCAGCAUUAGUAGCAAGACAGUCACAGUCAUUUGAGAAUGUCUCGCAGUCUUGUUUCUCCUCCAUGGAUCGUUAAUUCCGCCCUUUUUUGAGUGAUCUCCCGAUCGAAGGUUGUGCCUUUAGUGAUAAAAUCACACAAGAUCACUGAUUAUUUCUUGAACAGAUACCAAAGUCAUCUAUUGCGUGAAAGAAAAUAUUGAAAAAUUAUGGAAAAAUCGCGUCCCGUAAGAAAUCGAAGUAAUGACAGGAUUUUUCCAUGCAACAGGAGAGCCUGGCCGCCAGGAGAUAUUCACAGGCCUGUAAAGCGACUCUUCACCCCGGAAAUUAAGAGACUCCUCAAGGAUUGGCUCAUCCGACGGAGGGACAACCCUUACCCGACACGACAGGAAAAGACGGAAAUCUCUAUGCAAACUGGAUUAACGUACACUCAAAUUUGUAAUUGGUUCGCGAACUGGCGCCGAAAGCUCAAAAACUCUGGCAAGGAGCCGGCCAAGAAGACUUGGGGUCACUUGAUAAAGAACUACAACACAAAUGCUAAGGGAAAUGUUGAACAAUUUAGCAUCUGUUCAGGCGAUAGUAUUUGGGGAGAUAAUUCACCACGAGCUGAUCCUGAUUACUUUGAUCAUCGCGAAGAGAGUGUCGAUGAGAAUGGCGCCUCGUCCAGUCGAAGUUUCGGGCAGCAGAAUGAUCGACUGAGUGUGUGGGGAUCCUUUGUGUCCGAAGAGAUCUCAUUGGGAACGAAGGCGAAGUACAAAAGCCACAUUAUGGAAAAGUAUCUGCAUGACGUGGAGUCGGAGCAGAACAAACUGGCGAUGCCGGAAUUGUCCAAGUGGCUCGAGAGUACGGCCAAUUUCACGCCGAACAAGAACAAUUACAUCGACUGGCAUCCGGAAAUUGGGCGGAAUGAUAAGAAGCCGAAGCUCGACGGUGGAUUUGAUUUGAAGUGUCAUCAGAAGGAGGAACUCGACGCCGCAGAGGCGCUCACGAGUCUUGCCGGCAAUUUCCGCGGUAGGAAAUCCCUGCACGGGAAGUAAUGAGCCUUGGAAGGCAUGUGAUUACUUAGGACUCUUAGUGAAUUUUGGAUUCUUUGAUUUUUCUGACUCCUGCUUGAGAAGUUUGCAUUCCAGUGAUAUCGCUUUGGUUGUUGCGCGUGAGUGUGAGAAAAUUGUUACUUUAGGAGAAAAUAAAACCUGAUAAAUAGUAA